AUGACCAAUGGGCUACUGGCCAAGUUCGACGAGAUUGCUUUGCAGUACAAGGAAUGUUUCAGAGAGCUGGCCAUUCCCCACUCCCAUCCUCCUUCCUUCCUCCUUGGGCUGUCAUAUCCAUACAAUCCUGACCUCCGCUCCGGGCUCCCGGAACUCCGAACUCUGACUUCCGGAGUCCUACUUCCCUUCCGUCACCUCCUCCUUGCCGACUCCCAAGAGGUUAUCCCACCUCCGGCUCGGACACCACCUUCGGUCCGACUCCGGAACAUUCCAGGUCCGACCCCAACCUCGACACCUUCCAGACAAGUACGCAAAACCUAUGCUCCUGACUCCGGACCUCCGCUCCGGUAUCCCAUUCACGUCUCGUCUCCGGAACCUCCGGUCUUAGCUCCGACCUCGGACUUUGACCCCACCUCCGCUUAUACCCAUUGUAUUGGUUAG